GGGUUGAGUAAACCCGGGUUUCCCGCUUUGUAGAGGCAUCAGCAGUCCCGAGAAGAGGACGUUUUAAGCAUCCAACAUGUCGACAUCACAAAACAAAAUCCCAAGUACAGCAAGUGGACAUGUCAAAAACGUCCACACACAAGUCUCAUCCUCCGUCUACCCUGCUCUUCCUCUCAACGCCGGGGAUGUUCGAAUCAUUUCGAUCAAGCCAUCGGAUGAGUGCGAGAACAAAAAAGUCUGUUGCACUCUUGAGGUCGCCAGCCUGAAGGAGGGCGUGGUCUCGUAUCUUGCCGUUUCAUACACUUGGGGCCCAGCCAGCGUCAAUGAGAGGACGACACCGCCCACUCCCAUUACCUGCAAUGGACAGGACAUACUCGUCCCACACAACCUGGAAAAGGCGCUGUUACGCAUAAGAAGCAGACCAGAAUUCGCAGGCAAGAAGUUCUGGAUCGAUGCCAUCUCGAUCAACCAAACAGACGACGAAGAGCGGUCGAGCCAGGUGAAACUCAUGGCCGCAAUUUACAGCUCGGCCGAUUCAGUUCUGAUCUGGCUGGGCGAAGAGGACGAUGACACAAGUCAGGCUUUCGAUCUCAUCAACCUGUUUCCCACCAUAGACCAAGCCAGACUCGAAGAAUUGACCCCGCACCGGGUUAUGCAGAGCAAGAUAGCAAGAGUAUGGGGAGGGCUCACUCUACACGACUUACUCUACGACCCUGCCUCAUGGAAUGCUGUCAGAAGGCUGUUUCGCCGGACCUACUUUCACAGAGUAUGGAUCAUUCAAGAAGUUGUUCUCGCCAAGAAUGCAAUUGUACUCUGCGGCAGCCAUGCUACUUCAUGGGGGCAUCUUGAAGCGCUUUCCCAUUUUCUCAGUACUAGCUCAUGGUCAAGCCACUUCAGCGCUUUAAGCCUUGACGACCCGUCUCCUGGACCAUGUCAUCACACUACGCCGGCGGUAUUGAAAGCAAACAAAGUCUCGCGUCGAGAGGAACGAUACGCAGAGGCCCUCACAAGCUCGUUGGUUCGUUGUCGCCACUUCAAAGCCACCGAUCCACGCGACAAAGUUUACGCCCUGCUGGGGCUAGUUGGAUUAGGGGGUAAGGUCAUUGACAAACCGGGCCUACAGCCGGUAUACGGGAGCCGCACCGUUGAAUCGGCCUACAUAUCAGCAGCCACGCAGAUCCUCAAAGACAGUGAUGACUUACUUCUACUGUACUGCAUCGAAGGGGAGGCGUUUCAGUAUAGCCCCGAGCUGCCCUCUUGGGUUCCUGAUUGGAGAUGCGAAAAGGCUCUCGGGCUAAGAGUCACCAGAUACCGACGUUUCAACGCAUCUGGCGGCUUAGCGCGGAGAUUGGUUGUUCAUGAGUCGUCGAGGAUUCUCGAGGUUCGCGCUCGAAGGGUCGACGUUAUUCUAUCUGCCGGCGAGGCCAAACACGAGAUCAAUAAGGGUGAGCCAUUUCCAAAGCUGAUGAAGAUCUUGAAGGGCAAUAAUUCUUGCAUUGACGAAGCGACGCUGAAUAUGGUCUGGCGCUCUCUGUUGACAAACACCGGUGGUGACCCGCCGCAAUGCCCGAUCGACGAGAGCUACAGGGGGGCCUUCGUGCACUGGUUUACAGACAAGCUGUCAGUGUUGACCAAAAGCACACCGGUUCGGGAAACAAAAGAGAACGAAGCAAUUUUGGCCGGGUUUCAACAACUGAGUAAACAGAUACCCCCAAGCCCAUCGAAAGAACACUACGAUACUGUGUUCUCUCAUGCAGUUCACUUAAAACUUUUCAAGACGUUAAAAGGAUACAUCGGGGCCGGAUCAGAGUCUCUUCAAGAGGACGACUCAGUGUGGAUCGUGCCCGGCUCUCGGGUGCCUUUGAUAUUUCGUAAAGACGGACCUGAUCAUCAUCGCUUAGUAGGAGGGGCAUACGUACACGGGUUGAUGCACGGCGAGGCACUCGAAUUGGACGGCGUGACGAACCAGUGGGAGGCUCUUUGUAUUUCGUAACAGCUUCCUAGCAUUAGUUCCCACCGGCUCAAUGUGACUACAUUAG